CUAUAUAUAUAUAUACAUAUACUAUUAUGUUUUCAUAAAUCAAGAAAAUCACAUAUCAUAUGAUAGAAUCAUAGUAUAUUCUUUAUGCAACAUAACAAUAAUAAGAUGAUAACCUCAAUAUUAAUGUCAAAAGCAAGUCUUUUGUUGGUUAUUUUAGCCAUCAUUUGGGCUGCAUUUUCCGGUGAAGUAGCGUCGCAAAAUCGCCCACCACGCAGUGAAACACUUACAACUCCGGCGGAUUCUUAUGGUCCUACUACUCCUCAGCAGGUGCAUAUCUCGAUGGUAGGAAAAGACCGUAUGAGAAUAUCAUGGAUCACAAAAGAACCAACUCUUUCUACUCUAGAAUAUGGCACGUCGUCUGGAGUAUAUGAUACUUCUAUAACUGGGACUUCUUCAACUUAUAAGUAUCUUCUUUACAAAUCUGGCCAAAUUCACGAGGCAGUUGUUGGUCCUCUGAAGCCUAAUAUGGUUUACUACUACCGCUGUAGUGGUGAUGCUUCUCGCGAAUUCAAUUUUAAGACUGCACCUGCUCAAUUACCCGUCAAAUUUGUUGUUAUAGGUGAUUUGGGCCAAACGGGAUGGACAUCAUCAACACUCCAACACAUAUCACAAGUGAACUACGACAUGCUCUUACUACCAGGAGACUUAUCCUAUGCAGACUAUUGGCAGCCGAAAUGGGACUCAUUCGGCCGCCUAGUAGAACCUUUGGCUAGCCAAAGACCCUGGAUGGUCACCCAAGGCAACCACGAAGUUGAAAAGAUCCCAAUAGUCCAUCGCACUCCUUUUACCUCCUAUAAUGCUCGAUGGCACAUGCCUUUUGAGGAGAGUGGAUCACCUUCUAACCUAUAUUAUUCCUUCGAUGUGGCAAGCGAGGUUCAUGUCAUCAUGUUAGGAUCAUAUACUGACUUUGGCCCUGACUCGAGCCAAUACAAAUGGCUCGAGGGUGACUUGAAGAUGAUCAAUAGAAAGACGACACCAUGGGUUGUGGUGCUUUUCCAUGCACCAUGGUACAAUUCUAACAAGGCUCACUCAGGGGAGUUUGAAUCGGUGGGUAUGAAGAAGGCUAUGGAGCAAUUACUAUACAAUGCAAGGGUUGAUGUGGUGUUUGCUGGGCAUGUGCACGCUUAUGAGCGAUUUGCUCCAGUUUAUGAUGGAAACGCCGACAAGUGUGGCCCCGUGCACAUCACUAUUGGGGAUGGGGGCAAUCGUGAAGGUCUUGCUACAAGUUUUGUGGAUCCAAGGCCCAACAUCUCCAUCUUCAGAGAAGCAAGUUUUGGGCAUGGACAAUUACAAGUUGUGAACUCAACUCAUGCUCAGUGGACAUGGCAUAGGAAUCAAGAUGAUGUAUCUGUAACAGCUGAUUCAAUUUGGUUAACCAGCCUUAUUUCUAAUCCAGACUGUAAACCUCAAUAACUAAGUUCAGCCAAAGAUUUUAGAUUACAUUGUUACACAUAAUUUAAUAUCUGUAAAUAUGUUAUAGACUAUUUGUUGAUUAAAAGAUACCUACAAACUUGAAGCGAAGUGAUCGCGUAAAGUACAAAUAAUCCCAUUGUUCCCGAACAAUAAGUUAGCGUUCUGUUUUAGGUCGUCUCAAAAUAAUGGAUCAUGUUCGAAUUUUUUUCA